UUGACUAUAAGAAAUAGUCAUAACUGAACUUGGAAGAUAUUUAAUACUCUAGAACUUUGGUCGUAACAAUGUUUUGUCCAUACGAUCGAUGUUUACCGACUUGAAACAUAAAUUCAAGAUGGCGGCCGAAGUUGCUGCAGAAUCUGGUAAAAAUUCUGGUUUUAGACUAACAAUGGACCCCCUCAAAUGGUUGGCAAAAGAGAAUAGCGGUAUCGAAAAAUUGCAAAUUCAGGUGCCCUUUGUUGUACAAAGCGACUGGACUAACUACCUUUUGUCAAAUUUUCAAGUGUAAAAGGGAAGUGGAUGCGCUAGCGAAUCAAUUUCCUAUAUAUCAUAUUGUUAGACAUAGGCUGUGUGGUGUGCGGAGCAGAUCUUUACGCAUCGACGGCAAGCUGCUAUCGAAUAACGCGUCAGACGAACGUGCAAUCAUCGUCGGGCGAUCCCCGGGGGGUCCAGGUGAUCCGGAAGUCGACGCGAUCGUCCGCACCGGGCGAUGAGGCGGAAUAUCAGUCGAAGAAUCGGUCUCGAAAUUUCAACGAGAUUGGAAGAAUGGGGCCAGCAAUUCUUGGAAGCAAUUCGCGCUGCACAACGGGAUAUAAUUCCGGAUGGGAGGGAGAUUCAGGAGACGUGGGUCAGCCCUUGGCCAACGUCGGUUUUUCGCGACUUCACCCUCGCCAACAGCGAAGCUGUUGCAGCAUGGCGAGAGGCGGCGACGCUGAUCUGGAGCCGGAAGUUCGUCAGAGAAUCGGGAGCUUCCCCGGGGAUACAGGCAACGGAAACGUCGCCCUGAUUCACACCGAGUGUUCCCGAAGGCCCAUCAGGUGCCCAAGACUAGACUGCGCCGUCAACGUCGCGUUUUCCGCCCUUACUCAUCACUUCCUCUUCGAUCAUCCCGAGGUUCCGAUCCUGAGCGUUGAACCUGAAGCGAAAAGCACCCUCAUCGUCAGCUUCGCCUCUCUGUCCUGCGACUCGAGUCGCUGUCUUGCCUUGCUUUUAGUUUCCGGUAAACUGACAGGUGCAGCGGCCAGAUUAUUCAACGGAAGUCAGAUCCAGCCGAGGUACCGCAACAGGCUUCCGCUUCCGGUUUUGGCCGCGCGACUCCAUUGGUCGAGUCAAAAUCCUUGCGAGGACGACGGAAACUCUCACGGCGAGGAGCAAAGUCAGGGCGAUAUCGUAAUCGCUUGGGUUGCCGGUCUGGAUGUAGGGGAUGCAACGACUGGCACUUUGCGAUGCAGUAUUCAAGUAGUCGACGGUAACGACGACGGUGGUCUGCGAUCGUUGACCUAUACGGGGCCCGUAAAUUCUCUGCGAACAGCGCAACGUCCACGGGAAGUUUUCGCGACCGGUGACUGCGUAAUUUUGCACCAAGGCUUCAUUGACCACAUUACAUCCGGCUCCACCAGCCUCAAUGUAAACGUGACCGUGCACUGAUCGAAAAUGAAAGCACAUCGGGCCCAUAAAAACGACGGCUCAUUUGUAUCGUCCCAUGUAUUAGAAGAGAUCAUUUGAUGAUUAGAAAGUAUACAUAAAAUAAAUAAACAAAUAAAUUAUGACAAAACACAUUGCUAUAAUAGUAACAUUGCUAUAUAUUUCUAACUGCCAGUGGGAUAGUAUGUAAAUGUUUCAUAACGUUAUAUCAUUAAUAUUAAUAAUAAUAAUAAUAUUAUUAUUAUUAUUA